UGCCUCGGUAUCGCUCACCAUCAGACAACGGGAGUCACCGGCGCUGAACACUCAGGCUCUCUCUCACCCACGAAAACGUUAAAACCGUACGGAGAAACGCUGCCUACAGGAGCGUGGUGUCACUGAAACGACAUGGGGGAUCGAGUAGCUUUGCUGCUGCUGGCUUUAGCGGCUUCGGCUCUGGCUGCCGAGGUGCCUACAGAUGUUUCUAUGGGUCUGCUGGCAGAGCCCCAGGUGGCCAUGUUCUGCGAUAAACUCAACAUGCACAUCAACGUUCAGAGCGGCAAGUGGGAGCCCGACCCCUCGGGCACCAAGAGCUGCAUCAGCACCAAGGAGGGCAUCCUGCAGUACUGCCAGGAGGUGUAUCCAGAGCUCCAGAUUACCAAUGUGGUGGAGGCCAACCAGCCAGUCAGCAUCCAGAACUGGUGCAAGAAGGGACGCAAGCAGUGUCACAGCCACAUGCACAUCGUGGUGCCCUACCGCUGCCUGGUUGGAGAAUUUGUGAGCGAUGCCCUGCUCGUCCCAGACAAGUGCAAGUUCCUACACCAGGAGCGCAUGGACCAGUGUGAGAGCCACCUUCACUGGCACACCGUCGCCAAAGAGUCCUGCGGAGACCGCACCAUGAACCUCCAUGAUUACGGGAUGCUCCUGCCGUGCGGCAUCGACCGCUUCAGGGGGGUGGAGUUUGUUUGCUGUCCCGCCGAGGCUGAGCGUGACGCCGACAGUGCCGAGCAGGAAGCCGAUGAUUCAGACGUCUGGUGGGGCGGAGCCGAGACAGACUACUCCGACAACAGUAUGGUGCGCGAGCCCGAGCCAGCAGAGCAGCCAGAGGAAACCAGGCCAUCUGUGGUAGAGGAGGACAACCAGGAAGAGGAGGAGGAGGAGGCGGAGGAGAUUGUGCCCGCGGAGGAAGACGACGAGGAAGAAGAAGAGGAGGAGGACGUGCUCGACAACGACCGUGACGGAGACGGGGAGGAGGACGAGGAGGCGGUGGAGGAAGAAGACGAAGAGGAGGAGGAGGGAGAUGACGACAUUGUGGCCACACUUGACGAUGACGCCGACGAGUCCACCACCAACGUAGCGAUGACGACCACCACCACUACGACCACCACAGAGUCUGUGGAGGAGGUUGUCAGAGAUGUGUGCUGGGCCAACGCAGAGACUGGUCCAUGCCGGGCCAUGCUGCCCCGCUGGUACUUUGACCGCCAGGAGGGCCGCUGUGCUCAGUUUAUCUACGGCGGCUGCGGAGGAAACAGGAAUAACUUUGACUCAGAGGAGUACUGCCUGUCUGUGUGCAGCAGCGUCAUUCCCACAGCCACACCCAGCUCCCCUGAUGCCGUCGACCACUACCUGGAGACACCUGCUGACGAAAAUGAGCACGCCCACUUCCAGAAGGCCAAAGAGAGCCUGGAGGCGAAGCACCGCGAGAGGAUGUCUCAGGUGAUGAGAGAGUGGGAGGAGGCUGAGAGGGAAGCCAAGAAUCUCCCACGUGCCGACAAGAAGGCUGUGAUCCAGCGCUUCCAGGAGAAGGUGGAGGCGUUGGAGCAGGAGGCGGCCAGCGAGCGACAGCAGCUGGUGGAGACGCACAUGGCCCGAGUGGAGGCUCUGCUCAACGACCGCCGCCGCCUGGCCCUGGAGAGCUACCUGACCGCACUGCAGCAGGAUCCGCCCAGGCCUCGCCACGUCUUCAGCCUGCUGAAGAAGUACGUGCGCGCCGAGCAGAAGGACAGGCAGCACACCCUGAAACACUUUGAGCACGUCCGCAUGGUGGAUCCUAAGAAGGCUGCACAGAUCAGACCUCAGGUGCUGACCCACCUGCGUGUCAUUGAGGAGCGUAUGAACCAGUCUCUGGGACUUCUUUACAAGGUACCCGGGGUGGCCGAUGACAUCCAGGACCAAGUCGAGCUCCUGCAGAGGGAGCAGGCGGAGAUGGCCCAGCAGCUGGCCAACCUGCAGACAGACGUGAGGAUGAGCUACGGAAACGACGCCCUGAUGCCCGACCAGGAGCUGGGAGAUGGCCAGACCGAGCUGCUGCCUCAGGAGGAUGCACUGGGCUUUGGAGGAGUUGGAUUUAUCCACCCCGAGAGCUUCAACCAGCCCAACACUGAGAACCAGGUUGAGCCCGUGGAUUCUCGCCCCAACCUUGACAGAGGCAUUCCCACACGACCAGUGACUGGAAUGAAAGCUAUGGAAGCUAUUCCUGAGCUGAGGAUGGAGACGGAGGACAGACAGAGCACCGAGUAUGAAGUUCACCAUCAGAAACUGGUCUUCUUCGCCGAGGACGUCGGCUCCAACAAGGGCGCCAUCAUCGGGCUGAUGGUCGGCGGUGUCGUCAUAGCGACCGUGAUCGUUAUCACCUUGGUGAUGCUGAGGAAGAAGCAGUACACCUCCAUCCACCACGGAGUCAUCGAGGUGGACGCCGCUGUCACCCCCGAGGAGCGCCACCUGUCCAAGAUGCAGCAGAACGGCUACGAGAACCCCACCUACAAGUUCUUCGAGCAGAUGCAGAACUGAGGCGAAUGUCACGUGUCACACUCACACAUAUUUAACAUCCCCUCCCUACACAUUUAAACACCUCCUCCCCUCUCUCUCUCCUUUCUCCCUGAUUAUUCUCCAAAAUAAAGGCGGCGUGAGGUUCGACUGAAGCGGCCAGUCUAGAGAUUAAAGUCUGUUGGCUUUAAUCGGAGCAAGACGCCGUUUUUAAUUAAAUAAAGGGCCUGCUGACGUGUGGGAAACAGCCCCGCCCGGUGCAUCGAAACAAACCCACACUUAGGGGAGAAAGGCGCCUCUGUGCUGAUUCAGGGUCGGUGUAGUCAGGUUUAUUUGUGUUGGGAUGGUUUUAGGUGUGUGUAGGCAAUCUGACCUCUGAUUGGCAGGAUUAAAGAGGCGCUUCACUGGGCUUUACUCGCUAAAAUCUGCAUUUUUAACUAUUAUUUAACACGUGGAGGUAUGCAUUUUCAUAUUUAAUGGAGAAAAGUCUUAAAUAAGCGGCAUGAUUUUCCCAAUUAAAGCCCAGUUUCCCCCUAAAAGCUGCACCACUACUGCACUCACUCUACAGUCUACACUGGAGUUUACUCGCCUCCUCGUCCUCCUCCCUCCCUCCUUCCAUCCUUCUUUUCUUUACGACAGCUGGGCUGUGCUACGCCACACGGAGCUCUUACAGAUAUCCAGAGAUGAUGAUGAUGUUGAAGACAAUAUGUAUUCUGAAUGAGCUGUUUUUCGUUUGAUUUCUCUCUUUCGUUUCCAGUUUUGUUUUUCAAAAAAGAACCAAAAGAAAAAACGUCAAAAAAAAAGAAAGAAAGAAAAAAAUCCCACUGAUGUAAAGUCCUUUUUUUAAAUUGCGUGUAAUGUUAACUGAAGUAAUGCCGAAGUCUUAGCUGUUCUUAUGUAGUGCAUGACAACAAAGACGACAGAAUUUGGGGAAAAAAAAGACAAAAAAAUGAUCUUAUCGCUGCUCUAUCUCUCUCUCUUGAGAUUCUUUCUCACGUUAUAGAUUGUCAUUCUAGCAAGAUUGUACAUUUAGUAUCUUCUCGUGAUUACGUGACUUCAAACGAUGAUGAAAAAUAUAUAUAAAUCUAGAUGAUGAACGGGCUCUGCUUUGAUAUGAUGUAAAAUACACAUUUAAAAAGAGAUCUGUGAUUUUGGAAUUAAGUGUUUCACGUUUAUUUUUUAAUCUCCUGAAGCUCUGUUUGUAUAUUGUUCUCAUUCACUGAAAUAUAUUGUGUUAAUCCUCCCCCUCCUCCUUUGGAAUUUUUCCUCAAUCCAUGUUUGAAAAGGGCAUGACGUUGGCGUGAAGGUUACACGAAGUGAAAAACAGGAGGGGGGGUGGGGUUAGGAUUAUCUCUGCGUACGUGCGUUGUCUGUUUUUGUCAUUUUCAGUCCGGUGUUUCGUCCAGUUGUAAGCCGAAAACGUCUCAUUCUUUUUUUUUUUGUAAUCAUUCUGCCGUCUGCUGAUAGACCAGGUGGAAAGGGGAGACGGCGAGGAAGGUGGAGAGGAAAUGACUUGCAGUUCCGGAUGGAUACCCAGCCAGGCAGGCAGUCUGUAUAUAUAAUGGAUUUUUCACUCCCCCUCCCCUCCUCCUUCGCCUUCCUUUUCCCUCCAGGCAUGCUCACCUCUCUGCCGUCGACGCACACAUGACUCCUCAGAGGCAGAGCACUGUAGUCUGUAUAUAGAUGAUGUGACGGCAUCGGCCGAGCUGAGAGUCGGGGACGUGAACGCAGGGCUCAGAGAGGAAUCGGAGAUCUAAAGGCAGUGAGAUUUUCACAGGUGAAGUGUACAUAUGGAGGCUGCAGUGGGGUGGGUCCGUGGUUUUCAGAGGGUGCUCAGUAGAAGCCCAGCAGAGGGCGCUAGAGUAGAAGAGGAAGCAGGAUUUUCUUUCUAUCAUUUUUUUUUUCUGUGGAUUAUAUAUUUGGUUUUUGUUUUCCACUGUGUAAUAUUGUGCAGGCCAUUUGCAUUGACUGGGAAAAUGCUUUCUACACUGUAUUCCAUAAUAAAGUUUUGAAUGUACAUACA